CCUCAGCAUUCCUCUCUGUGGCUUUGGAUCCAACCGACCCGAAGCUCUCUCUGCUUCGAUCUUCAUCAAGAGGUUCUCCUUAGUCUCCAUCGAUACCCAAACUCUCUUGGAAUGCUGAAAGAUGUGUAUUCUUGUUGAGUCGUUCAUGUCGGCUGUUUGAACAAGAGAGGAAACGAAACUGCGGGAAUCAUACUGCAGUUUCGUAUCUAGCGUAUGGAGACGAAGGAGAACAUAUUGAUGAAGAAAUAUGAAGUAGGGAGGAUGUUAGGUCAAGGCGCUUUCGCAAAAGUUUACCAUGGUAGGAAUGUUAGAACAGGACAGAGUGUGGCGAUCAAGGUUAUUGAUAAACAAAAAAUAGUGAAAGUUGAGCUCAUUAAUCAGAUCAAACGUGAGAUAUCUAUCAUGAAUAUGGUAAGGCACAAAAACAUAAUGCAUCUUGAGGAAGUAAUGGCCACCAAAACCAAGAUAUACUUUGUGAUGGAAUAUGCGAAAGGCGGUGAGCUUUUCAAGAGGAUUAUCAAAAGGCGAUUUAAGGAAGAAACCGCGAGGACAUACUUCCGGCAAUUGAUUUGUGCUGUUGAUUUUUGCCACAACAGAGGCGUCUAUCACCGUGAUUUAAAACCCGAGAAUCUUCUUCUAGACGAAGAUGGGAACUUGAAGGUGUCGGAUUUUGGUUUAAGUACGCUCGCAGAGUCUAAACGACAGGAUGAUUUACUUCACACGACGUGUGGGACUCCUGCGUAUGUUUCUCCUGAGGUUAUAAGCCGAAAAGGGUAUGAUGGGGCCAAAUCCGACAUCUGGUCAUGCGGUGUGAUACUAUUUGUGAUGCUCGCGGGCCAUCUUCCGUUCCAUUGUAGAAAUCUUAUGGAUAUGUAUAGGAAGAUAGCUAAAGGUAUUUACAAAUGCCCUACUUGGUUCUCUUCUGAAGUAAAGAGGUUGUUAUCUAAGAUUCUUGAUCCAAAUCCCAAAACUAGGAUUUCCAUUGCAAGAAUCAUGGAACAUCCGUGGUUCAAGAAAGGCUUGACUCCCACACAUCCGGUGGCAAACGAGGCGAACAUGGAUAGUAUUGUUACGAUACCCUUAGAACUCGAUGUUAUGGAGCUUGCAAGGCCGGAUAAUCUGAAUGCAUUUGACAUCAUUUCUCUCUCGAGCGGAUUAGACUUGUCAAGUUUGUUUGUGAGUCAGGACGAGAAGGAGGAUGCCCGGUUCACAACAACAAGCACGGUUGCUUGUAUCGUGUCAAAGCUUGAGGAUGUUGCACGCCACUCGGGGUUCAAACUGACGAAGAAGGAGCGAGGGUCGUUCAAGCUAGAGGGGUGUGUGAAAUAUGAAUUGUCCAUUGAUGUAGAGAUCUAUGAAAUUGGCCCCUCAUACCAUUUAGUGGAGAUGAAAAAAUCUAGUGGUAAUUUGAUGGACUAUCAGCAUUUGCUAGGACAAAAUAUAAAAUCUGCCUUUGAGGAUAUAGUUUGGUCAUGGCUAGGUGAGCAACAACAUAGCUAGUUAUACUUAUAUAUUAUCUCUAACUUCCCACAUUCUUGUUACAAUUUCUGACCCACCCUUUGUAUACUAAAUCUUGUUUAUAUGUCAA